AUGUGGGCAGCCUGCUAUGUGGCUGCUCUGGCCAUGGUGGUGGCGCGUGGGGUCUGCCAAGACACGGUCAAAACAAACACGGUCCUCAGGGUCACCAAGGACGUGCUGAGCAACGCCAUUUCGGGCGCCCUACAGCAGAGCGACGCCCUGCGCUCCGCCCUGCGCGAGGUGCCCGUGGGUUUCCCCCUGCAGCUCUGCCCCGUUGUGGACGUGGUGCUGGGUCUCGUGAAUGACCAGCUGGGUCUCGUGGAUUCUCUCGUGCCUCUGGGCAUCCUGGGAAGUGUGCAGUACACCUUCUCCAGCCUCCCGCUCGUGACGGGCGAGUUCCUGGAGCUGGACCUCAAUACCCUGGUCGGGGAGGCGGGAGGAGAGCUCAUUGACUACCCGCUGGGGCGGCCGGCCACAUCGCCCAGGCCCAGGAUGCCGGAGCUGCCCCCGAUGGGCGACAACACCAACUCCCAGCUGGCCAUUUCCGCCAACUUCCUGGGCUCGGUGCUGACGCUGCUGCAGAAAGAGCGGGCGCUGGACAUCGACAUCACCAACGGCAUGUUUGAAGAGCUUCCUCCACUUACCACAGCCACGCUCGGGGCCCUGAUUCCCAAGGUGUUCCAGCAGUACCCCGAGCCCCGCCCACUCACCAUCAAGAUCCAGGUGCCCAACCCGCCGUCGGUGACGCUGCAGAAAGACAAGGCGCUGGUGCAGGUGUUUGCCACUUCCGAGGUCGUGGUGUCCCAGCCCAACGACGUGGAGACCACCAUCUGUCUCAUCGACGUGAACACCGACCUCCUGGCCUCGUUUUCCGUGGAAGGCGAUAAGCUCAUGAUCGACACCAAGCUGGACAAGACAGAGCUCAACCUGAGAACCUCCAACGUGGGCAACUUUGACGUAGGCCUCCUGGAGGUGCUGGUGGGGAAGAUCUUCGACCUGGCCUUCCUGCCCGCCAUGAACGCUGUGCUGGGUUCCGGCGUCCCUCUCCCCAAAAUCCUCAACAUCGACUUUAGCAAUGCAAACAUCGACCUCUUGGAGGACAUUCUGGUGCUGAGCGCCUGAGAGGCAGAGCUGGAGACGUCGCCCCCCUGGGAAGGAGCCCGAGCAAGCCUUGGAGAACUUCUGCCUGGACACGGACCCCGGGCCUGAGUGCCCUCGGCUUCCAGGACAAGUCCCUCCCCGGCCCUGCACCCUUGCUCCC